ACGCUUCCGGAAAUGGAGACCGAAAUAGUAAUAAUAAAUUAUUUUUGAGUACGUGUAUUUGUAAUUAAAAUUUUUGAUAGAGCAAAAGUUUGCAUUAGUUUCGCAUUAAUUUAAAUUAAAUUAUAUUUUGGAAGUAGUCGGAGUAGUUAGGCGGGGAAAGCAGCGGAACUGCCAACCUCCCAGCUAGCUGUGCGCGAGACUGACUGAGCGCAGCAAGCCCUUGACCACGAGCUGUGACGGGAGACUAGCAAGGCCACGUGGAAGAAAACUACCGACUUCUACAUAUCACAAAAAGAUUGAAGCAAAAUGGAUGACUGGGACGAGGGAUCUUCUUCUACUGCUGUGGCACCGUCCAGCUUCUCUUCAAAUGAAGGAAUACAAGGAAGCUCCUGGAACACAGAUGGAGGUCAUGGAGGAAGAGGCCGAGGCAGAGGAGGAGGGUUUAAGAGCUCGUUCUCUUCAGGUGGCGAUGAGAACGGAACUGAUGGAGACAGUAGCUGGAACAAGUCAGGCGGAGAGGGAGGUGGAUUCAGAGGGAGAGGCAGAGGUCGCGGUAGAGGAUUCGGCAGAUCGGAUCGCAGUGACUUAAACGGAGACGACGACGAUGAAGUGCGUGAAAAUGGGUUCAGAGGAGGAAGCCGAGGAGGACGAGGCGGCAGAGGAGGAAGAGGAGGAGGAUUCAGACAAGGUGGAGAUUCCGGUGGCGGAGGCGGCUUUGGAGGUUACCGCGGGAAAGACGAGGACACCUUCAAUAAAGGGGAAGAUAAAGAGAACAAAGAAGGAGGCGAUGGGGAAAGACCGAGGGUGACGUAUGUUCCGGAGGCGCUGCCUGAAGACGAAGACUCCAUUUUUGCCCACUAUGAGAAGGGGAUAAACUUCGACAAGUACGAUGACAUCAUGGUGGACGUCAGUGGUUCAAACCCACCACAGGCUAUAAUGACGUUCGAAGAGGCAGCGAUGUGCGACUCCCUGAAUAAAAAUGUCAGCAAGUCCGGUUAUGUGAAGCCGACUCCGGUGCAGAAACACGGCAUCCCGAUCAUCUCCGCCGGUAGAGACCUGAUGGCCUGUGCACAGACCGGAUCUGGUAAAACGGCGGCAUUCUUGCUCCCGAUCCUGCAGCAGCUGAUGGCAGACGGCGUGGCAGCCAGUCAAUUCAGUGAGCUGCAGGAGCCUGAAGGCAUCAUCAUUGCUCCAACACGAGAGCUCAUCAACCAGAUCUACCUUGAGGCCAGGAAGUUUGCUCAUGGGACGUGUGUGCGACCGGUCGUGGUUUACGGCGGCGUCAGCACCGGACACCAGAUCAGAGAUAUCUGCAGAGGCUGCAACGUGCUGUGUGGAACCCCGGGGAGACUUUUGGACAUGAUCGGGAGAGGAAAGGUUGGGCUGACUAAGCUGCGGUACUUGGUGCUGGAUGAGGCAGACCGGAUGUUGGAUAUGGGAUUUGAACCUGACAUGCGCCGUCUGGUGGGCUCGCCUGGGAUGCCGUCCAAAGAGAACCGCCAGACUCUGAUGUUCAGCGCCACCUACCCCGAGGACAUCCAGAAGUUGGCAGCUGACUUCCUAAAGACGGACUACCUGUUCCUGGCUGUGGGCGUAGUGGGUGGAGCCUGUUCCGAUGUGGAGCAGUCAUUCGUCCAAGUCACUAAGUUCUCUAAGAGGGAGCAGCUCCUGGACAUCCUCAAAACAUCCGGAACCGAGCGCACCAUGGUGUUUGUUGAGACGAAGAGAUCAGCUGAUUUUAUCGCCACAUUCUUGUGCCAGGAGAAAGUUGCGACCACCAGCAUUCACGGUGAUCGUGAGCAGCGGGAGAGAGAGCAGGCCCUUGCAGAUUUCCGCUCCGGUAAAUGUCCGGUCCUUGUGGCGACUUCUGUGGCCGCCCGCGGUCUGGAUAUCCCAGAUGUGCAGCAUGUGGUGAACUUUGACCUCCCCAACAACAUUGAUGAGUACGUGCACCGUAUCGGGAGGACUGGCCGCUGUGGAAACACCGGGAAGGCGGUGUCUUUUUUUGACCCGGAUCAUGACGGACAGCUGGCUCGCUCUCUGGUCACAAUCCUGUCCAAGGCCCAACAAGAGGUUCCUGCGUGGUUAGAGGAGUCUGCAUUCAGCGGCGGCAGCGGCCCCACAGGCAUGAAGAACUUUGCCUCCACUGAUUCCAGGAAGCAUGGAGGAUCUUUCAAUGACCGCAGCGUGCAGAGCCAGCCGGCUGCUCCUGCUGCAGCUGAUGAUGACGAAUGGGAAUAACGGUGAUACGGUUCCAACACAUCCACACAGCACUGUUCUGAGUUUCUCCUCACGUAGAUGUUCAGCUUGUUUUAGUUUACUAUGUUUUUGUUUGACAGUUUUAACUUUGUCUGUCCUGAGACAAUCAAGAAGCCAAACCGAGUACGAGGUGUUUCAAAUCUUGAAAUCGACUUGAUCCUCGCUGACUGAGCAUGUUGUUGAAAGUUUGUUUUAUUUUGUUUUAUUUUUUAAUUCUUACUUUGAUUUAAAGCAUGUUUAAUAAGGAAAACAAUGUGUCUGUCCUAAAGUACAAUUUGAGAAUGUCAUUUUCCAAGUCUAA